GAAGAAUUGCAUUUAAAUUGGCCAGGCCGAUCACAAAUAGAUACCCCGACCCCCUCCUGUCUUUGGGAGAUCUCACGCGCGAUGUUGUUCCUGCGCCUGCCGAUCAUCGCAGGGCACAUUGAUCAUGGGUGCCCUGCAUUCCUCUGCGUGGAUUGUGGCGCGCACCCACCCUGAAUCAACUCGAUCAACGUAACCUCCAUGUAUCGUUCAUCUCUUCAAAAGAGACAGGAUGUCUUGAACUAACAGCAGCCUGCCAAAACCUAUACCGGCAAUAUGGAUGCAUCCACAAAACUCUCAACCACCCGGCGAUGGAGAUCUUCGAGCCAGUUCAUCAUCGCCACCGCGUGCCUGGCCAUGUUUACUGAAUCGCUUCUAGCCGGUUUCCCCGUCCCGAUGCUUCCGUAUAUGCUAGAAGAGCGUCUGCACAACGAUCCCUCCCAAACCACUGCCACCAUCAACAGCCUGCUCAGUCUACACGGCCUGGCGUCAAUUCUCGCUGCCCCCUCUUGCGCGACUUUAUUCGAUACGAUCUCGAACCAGAAAAUCCCGCUUUAUUCGGCCCUGGUGCUCUGUCUGGCUGGAACUGCCCUGUUUGCAAUAACCACCACAUCAUGGGUGCUAUACCUGGGCAGGAUUCUACAGGCAGUUGCUGCCUCGGCUGCAUGGCUUGCGUGCACGACCAUGCUCACCGAGAUCGCAGGUAGUGCACGAGCUGGGGCAAUGUUGGGACUGAGCAUGUCUUUUUCAACGUUGGGAACGGUCAGCGGACCGAUGUUCGGGGGCGUUUUGUUAGGCUGGUUCGGAUACUGGCCAGCUUGGUGUCUGCCGAUGGCUCUGUUGAUCCUUGACAUGAUUGCGCGUUUUGUCAUGAUUCAGCCAGACCAUUUUCUACUUGAUACGCAGUCUUCAACCAGACUUGCCAACCGCAGCAAGCUAUGUCAAAAUGUCCCCGAAGCGUCCCCCUUCCUACCACAAUCAGCUUCAUUCGACCAAGACACCAAUACGAAAGCGGAGCCCGACAGCACUGCAACCACAGAAUAUCGCAAUUACUACACUGUAAUGCUCCAAGACGCAGGAAUGUGGGCAGCCGUUCUGAACACAAUGUCCCAAGCUGCAGUCCGGGCAGCAUUCAACGCCACUCUACCCGUGUAUCUUCGAGAUACAUUUAACUGGGGCCCAUCGUCAGUCGGGGCGAUAUUUUUUGCCCUCCAAGUCCCUGUCAUCUUUUUGCCUCCCUUAUUUGGCCACCUCCGAGAUCGCGUCGGUACACGAUACCCAACGGCAGUCGGUUGGGCUCUUCUAUGCCCGUUGAUGUGUUACUUAGGCGUACCUGGUAGGGACAUUUCCCAGGCUAGUGGCAGUCGGACAGAUGCAGAAGUCGCUUUUAUUGUAUGUAUAUGUGGUAUCGGGUUAGUGAUGUCGUCGGUUCAAGGUGCUGGGUCGUUUCAUAUGAGGUUCCUCCUAGAGGAAGUUGAGAAAGAUACCCCCACCUUGUUUGGGCCCAAUGGUGGGCGCGCGAGGUGCUUCGCGCUGGUGUCUAUUUCGUUUAAUGUUGGUUUGAUGCUGGGCCCGGUCGUCACUGGGUUCCUGUUUGAGAGUGCAGGAUACUUUUAUAUGAAUAUUGCUCUGGGUGCUGCCUGCAUGGGAGUGGCGCUGGUGACAUUUAUGUUCUGCUGAUUGAGAUGUGCCUGGUAUUUGGGUAGGAGCAACAGUUAGUAGAGCGUAUGCCAACUGUAUUUGCCGUUGGUAUGAUAUGCAUGUCCAGAACAAUUGAUACUGAAGUUCGAGCAGAACACUACUAAUACAACUAUUGAAGAAUUAUUCCAACAUCACGAAG